CGCACCGCUCUUGUCACGGAGGUGGACGUUUUCCGUUUCACGACCGCUCUCCCGGUAUUCGUCGUGUUCAUCUGCGCACGGUAUAAUUUUGUACGCGCGCUCAUUAAAAUGUGAUAGCAUUAAGUGACUUUAAUCUGUGAAGUGUUGUUAAAAUCAAACCUAAUUACAUUAUUUUAUUCUUACUGACAAACUAGGCCACUGUAAUGGAGAACGGCGUUGUUGAAUCCCAUAAACCCUCACACUUACCAAAUGGCAUUACCAGACAGAAAUAUAUGGAUGGGCCAGACCAAGUAGUGCCAGCCAAUGACUACGUAACAUGGAUACCAGAGAAUGCGGUGAAGCUCCGAGUCACCUCCCGCGGAAUAGCGGCGGAGCCUCCAGUGUCAGUCCCUGGCCUGCUCACGCGCAUAGCGGCUAUCUACCCCGACUCCAUCGCGUUGGCAUCUAAGAAAUCUGACGAAAAAUGGCACAGAGUCACUUACAAACAAUACCGCGAGCUGGCGCGACAAGUGGCCAAGGGUUUCUUGAAACUUGGCCUGGAGCGGUACCACUCAGUCUGCAUCCUUGGGUUCAACUCGCAGGAAUGGUUCCUGGCUGAUCUUGGCGCUAUUCAUGCAGGUGGCUUUGCCGCCGGCAUCUACACGACCAACUCCCCGGAGGCUUGCUUCCAUUGCCUGAUGUCUUCGCGCGCCAACAUCUGCGUGGUUCAAGACAAGAAACAGCUGGAUAAAAUCCUGCAAAUCCGCAGUCGACUGCCGCAUCUGAAGGCCAUUGUGCAAUGGGAGGCGCCUAUUGACACCUCCAUUCCCGGAGUGUACAGCUGGGACCAGCUUAUGGAGAUGGGAGCCAAUGAAUCGGACGUGCAGCUCGAAAACACGCUGAAAAGCAUGGCCGUCAAUGAGUGCUGCACGCUCGUGUACACGUCAGGUACAGUCGGGCCUCCAAAAGCCGUGAUGCUGUCCCACGACAACCUGACGUGGGAUGCCCACUCCAUCUCAGAAAGGGUGGGCAACAUCCAGUGCCCCGACUCGGAGAGACUCGUCUCCUUCUUGCCUCUUAGUCACGUUGCUGCACAGGUUGUGGACAUUUACACCACAAUGACCAAAGGAAUCUCAGUGUACUUUGCACAGCCCGACGCACUCAAGGGCUCUCUCGUGGAAACCUUAAAAGAUGUGCGACCAACGAGAUUCCUUGCAGUACCAAGAGUGUAUGAGAAGAUGUAUGAAAAAAUAGUGGCAGUGGGCGCGUCUCGGGGCGCCGUCACUCGCUCGCUCGCCAUGUGGGCGAAGGACAAAGCCCUGACCUACCACCUCGCCAGAAUAAACGGGUACGAAGGCUCGUCGAUCGGAUACAGGCUAGCCAAGUCCCUGAUCCUGAGCAAGGCCCACGAAGCCCUAGGGCUGGAUCAGUGCACGACCUUCGUGUCGUCUGCUGCGCCCCUGGCACCAGAAAUCAAGUCUUUCUUCACCUCCCUCGACAUGCCCAUCGUGGAAGCUUUCGGCAUGAGCGAGAUGGCUGGAGCCCAUGCUCUUAGCAUCUACCCAAAAAUGAAAAUCGACUCCGUCGGCGAAUUGCUGGACGGUACAGAAACAAAAUUCGACGGUUCCGUGAGUCCAAACGGACCCGGUGAGAUUUGCAUGAGAGGUCGCCAUCUCAUGAUGGGCUAUCUCAAUGACGAGGAGAAAUCUAUAUCCGCGAUCGACAGUGACGGGUGGAUUCACUCGGGCGAUCUCGGACGAGUUGACGAACACAACCUGUUGUACAUUACUGGAAGAAUAAAGGAACUGCUGAUCACCGCGGGAGGGGAGAACGUGGCGCCCGUGCCGAUCGAGCAGGUCGUGCAGGCCGAGCUACGGCAGGUGGGCUACGCCGUGCUCAUCGGAGACAAGCGAAAAUUCCUCUCCAUGCUCAUCACCCUAAAGACUAAAGUGGACCCCGAGACGGGAGCAGCGCUCGAUGCUUUAGAAACCGAGACCUUGAAAUGGGUACAGAGUCUCGGCAGCACCGCUACAACUCUUAGCCAAAUAUCGAAAACCAAAGACCCCGCUGUACACAAAGCCAUAGAAGAAGGCUUAGCCCGCGCCAACAAGAAGGCUAUCUCUAACGCGCAAAAAAUACAGAAGUUCACCAUCCUCCCCGCAGACUUCUCAAUGCCUUCGGGAGAAUUAGGGCCCACGCUAAAAGUAAAGAGGAACGUAGUCUACGAGAAGUACAAAGACAUAAUAGAAGACUUUUACAAGGAAUAACUAUAGGAUUAAGUUUAGUAAGUAGGGAAAGGGCGUCCAUUAAUAAAUUAUUCUGUUAAUAUAUUGCUCAAAUAGGGACUUAUUGUGAUUGCGUAGAGGUGUACAUAGGAUAUAUUUUUGUUACGAAAAAUAUACUGUUUCUAAAAAAAGUUGUAUUAUUAAAACACCACGUUAAUAAUAUAAAUUUAUUUAACUAUUACGAUAAAAUCUUAAUAAUAGUAAAUUCAAUCGGAAUGGAUAUCUAACAACUAACAAUAAUAUAAAUCGAUUUAUAUUUAAAUUUAGAUAAUACUUUGAAAAGAUAAUGCAUAAAAUAUAAGAAUAAGUACCUGGCAGUAAAUUCCAUUAUUUAUAAAUUCCAUUUUGCUAACCUAAGUCUAAGAUACAAUUCUAAUAAAUGUCAAAAGAACAAAGUCAAAUAUUAAACAUGAUACUGAUGUUUGAGUAAGUACAUGACGCUUUUACCCGUAAAAUAUUUAAAUCAUAUUUCACGAAUGUUUUAAGUAAGUACAAUAUAAAAUCAUUUUCUUAUUACAUAACUAUGAUUGGAAUGAUUUCUUUUCAAUAAAGGAAAUUAUAUACUUAAA